UCCCGCCUGAGCGGCUGCGCAGACCCGAACAGCGCGGGAUGGCGGCUUUCCCCGCCCCCCCUCCGGCCGAGCCGCGGGGCGGAGCUCCGGGAAACAGCGGCUGCCGCUGCCUCCGGGUGCUUCGGCCCCGGGCUUGCAGCAAAGGCCUCCCUGGGGUAACCGUGACCCCUCACCCUUUUGUCACUGGCCGUCUGCUUCGCGGUGCCGGCGGCUGCAGCGGCGCAGUUCGUUCCGUUCGUUCCUCCCGGCGCCCUGAGGCUGGGCGGCGCGAAGCAUGAAGCUGACCAAAGCUCAGUACGAUGAAAUAGCGCAGUUCCUGGGGCACGUGCAGCCCACCCGGCAGAGCCUGAGGAAGCUGAAGGAGAAGUUCCCUAGUCAAUCGCAGUCCACUCUGCUGAGCAUCUUCUCCCAGGAGUACCAGAAACAAAUCAAAAGAACACAUGCCAAGCAUCACACUGCUGAAGCUGUUGAAACUUACUACCAAAGGUACCUGAAUGGGGUGAUGAAAAAUGCAGCUGCCCCUGUAUUACUGGAGCUGGCCAAUGAGGUGGACUUUGCCCCGUCAUUGAUGGCUCGUAUUGUGUUAGAAAGAUAUCUACAAGAAAAAGAACAAGCCAUCCCAGCGACCUGCCUGGCCUUUGGCAAUGAGAUUCAAUGCACAUGGCUCCGCAGUCAAAUCAUCAAAUUUCCCUCCUCCAAAACUCUUAUUAAUAGUAUGCUACGGGACCCUUCUCAGAUUCCAGAUGGAGUUCUGGCAAAUCAAGUCUAUCAGUGUACUGUGAAUGACUGUUGUUAUGGACCACUGGUGGACUGCAUCAAACACGGUAUCGGGCAUGAGCAUGAAGUCUUGCUGCGAGAAAUGCUUUUGGAAAAAAAUCUCUCUUUCAUAGCUGAAGAUCAGCUUCGUGCAAAGGGUUAUGACAAAACACCAGACUUCAUUUUAGAAGUGCCAGUAGCUGUUGAAGGACACAUAAUUCACUGGAUUGAAAGCAAAGCCUCAUUCGGUGACGAAAGUAGCCACCAAGCCUACUUGCAGGACCAGUUUUGGAGCUACUGGAACAGAUUUGGCCCUGGAUUAGUCAUUUACUGGUAUGGAUUUAUUGAAGAACUGGACUGCCAUCGUGAGCGUGGUAUCCUGCUAAAAGACUGCUUUCCUACCGACAUUGUGACUCUGCGACACAGCAUGGCUCAACGCUGAUGUUGGGAGGAAGAGGUAAAUCCGGAAGCAAUUUUACUUUCCUGCAGUGUAAACUAAUGGCAGCAUCUGCCCUGAACUUCAGCUGAACUCCUGCUGCCUGCCCUUAUGCUACUGCCUCUUUAUACAAACAUAUCAAGAGUUUCUGUUUUGCUUCAGACCUCUGUUGUGAUCAGCCAAAAAAGACAGACACAACCCACUCAUUAUCAGCAUUUCUGUCUCUGUCAAACAGCUAGUUUCUAGAUACUCAUAAUAUUUCUUCCUUCCGGAUGGCUUCUUCUAGCAUUCUAAACAAAGACAAAAAUGCAGAGGCUGAAAGGUACAACUUUCAGUUCUUAUGCCUAUUAGGGAGUCACCUUUAAAAAUAAGUGGCUUUUUAUGGUUUAACUCCCAAAUUUAUUCAGUGCUAGUGAACUGACUGAAACACCUACACCAAUGCGGAAAAUUGGUAAAGACUGUUAUUCUGGGGCUUAAAACAUAAUGCAGAUCUCAUAAAGUUAAAGUGAUAAGAUAGGAUUGUGUAAGUUCUGGCUGUUACAGUAAAGAGCCAGACUUUGAGAGAAUAAUUGGUAUAUGUGUUUUGUCACUAUCUAAUUGCUAAAAUCAAUAAUGGAAUACCGAGUUAAGAAUUAAAAAAUAAGUUAGUGGAUUUUGGGGAGUGAGAUUUGGGCUUACACUUGUGGGUUUUCAAUAAGUAGUUUAAUGACUGAAAAAUAACUUGUGUUUGUCUUUUCCAGCCCACCCCCCAGGGAAUCUGUACCUAGGAAUUUUUCCCUUAACUGACUUUAAGGAAGGAAUCUGUCUUGACCCCUGUAGGUACCGUAACAUACAAUUUUCUGGCGUACUGAAGUCCACAAGAACAAUGUGCAGGAGCUCUCUGUGUGGGUUACUUCUGAAGGAGAUUACCAUCCUGGUGUUCAACAAGAGGAGUGAAAAAAAAGAUGAUGAAACAGUGCUUUUUACUGGAUCAGUGCCGCAGGAUAAAUAGACACACAAAGUUUGCCUAUAGAAACUGUGCUGGGUAGAGCAUAAGUUUCCACCGUACUUAGGUAUACUUGUAAAAGCAUUGUUUUUCUCUUUUGUUGAAACCUCCAAGAGCAGAAGAGCAUUUUGGUGGGUGCUAGCCCUCCUUAGAUUUGAGUGAGUUCAGUCUCGCCCUAUUUUCAUGCUCAUCACCACUUAGAGGGGCAGUGUUGGGCCUCAGGUUUGUGCUCUCAGAGAUUCCUUAGUAGCAGCUUACAGAGCUUGACACUGUUUAAUACUCUUUUCUUCACUAACUGGCAUUUGGGAAAGGACAGAAUAUUUUUUAAAGGCGAGAGUUUUGCAUGUCUGCUCACCAUGUUCUGAUUUUCAGAGAAGCAAAGGUACGGAUUUUGUUGUAGAAUUAAAGGUGUGAUAACAGUUUUCCUAAAGCACAAGUUGAUAACCUCUUCCAUAAGGAAAGGGUCUUUAAAACAUUACAGUACAUAUGCAUCAUCUUUUUGCAGCUGAGGUGAUACUCUAUGUGCCUGUAUGAUUUCAAAAAUCACAUGCAGGCUUUUUAUAGUCUUGCCUUGACUUAAAAGGGUAUUAAUCUUAUUCCAUUUUCUUUCAGCUAUAGUUUUCAGAUGCAUAUGCAGUAUUUUUAUUUUGAACUUUUAGUUCUCAUUUUAACAGUUUGCUAUGUUUCAGAAAGGACCUUAUCAUUUUGACUAAUCUUUAAUUUUCAGGAAAAAAUAUCUUUCUUUAGUCUUCCUAGUACUCUGUUCCUUGCUGCAGAGAUAAGCUCGUAUAGCUCCACUGCAGUGAAUUAUUGUUGCAUAGAGAUUAUUAUCCUAGGUUUUAACAUGCUAUAGUGAAAAGAUUUAUUUUAAAAAUAAACCUGUUACAGCUGUAAUUCAUUCCUGUUCAGCUAUUUAAGGUAUUGUGCUUAGCUUAUUUUGCCUAACCAGCUUUCAGGAUCUGCCAGUAAAGAUACACAGGAGCUGCAUGUAUGAUGUUGCUGCUGCCCCUGGGCUUGGGGUUUAGGCUAGUGGAAUGUGUGAAAUCCAGAAGAGAAUAAAAAAGAAGAAAUAGCUGAACAUUAUUGGAGUAGAAAAUUCAAAAGUAAUGGUUGUUUGAGUAAAUGGGUUUGAAGGGCAAACUGAAUUUGUUUUAGCUAGUGCAUAUGCUUUCUGUUGUAUGAAAUCAUUUAAAUCAGCUUUUACAAGAUGCAGUAAUGCUGUUUUUUCUUUUUGAAUAAAUUAAAUUUAUCUGCACAGAUGUUGAAAAUCCUGAUCAACCUCCAUCAAAGCUUUGCUUUGUUUUUACAUUAAACAAAUUUAUAUGGGGACACACAGAUAAAUCAGGUUAGGCUUGUAUUUGUUUCUUUAUUCCUCUACCUAAUGCCAUGACAUAACAGGUUGGAAAGCAAUACAGCUGUCUUUAAUAAAAGCUUUGACCUCAUCUUUAUAUAUUGCCCCCUUUAAGCAUCUUUGUAUUAGAAUGAGGAUGAAAUAAGCCACAAAAGUGUACCUACUGUAUUAAUUUCAUUAAAUGCUAUUGAAGAAGCUUUGCCACCGCAAAAAAAUAUGCUGUGUCACUAUUUUAAAUGCUGAAAGAACAUAGUUUUUUUUUUAUUAUUUGUUAUUCCUACUUGUGUCUUGCAAAAAAACCCUUGUGUAUUUUUUCUGUUUGUCAUAUGUAAACAGUAACUUCAGUAUUAAAGAGGAGAGACUACUAUU